GUGGGGGCGGGGCUCGGCGUGGCUGCAGGACGCGGGAUGGGGCUGCUCGCGGCCUGCGCGCGGCGCCUGGCGGGGAGCGGGGCCGGGCCGGGCCGCCGCCGACACCACGUGGCUGGCGUCCUCACGCCCCGCAUUGCCGAGCGGCUGCGGCUCUACGCGGAGCUGAAGGCGGCCCAGGCCCAGCGACAGGCCGAGGCGCGGGGGCCCAUCCGCGUGGUGCUGCCCGAUGGCCGGCACCUGGAGGGCGAGGCCGGGCGCACGACGCCCUACGAGAUCGCUGCGCGCAUCAGCAGGGACCUGGCCGAAGAGGCAGUGGCAGCACGGGUGAACGGGGCCCUGUAUGACCUGGAGCGCCCGCUUGAGGGAGACGCCACCCUCGACUUCCUCCACUUUGACUCCCCGGAGGGGCAGGCAGUGUUCUGGCACUCAAGCGCCCAUGUGCUGGGCGCUGCUGCAGAGCAGCUCUAUGGGGCCCUGCUCUGCCAUGGGCCCAGUACCGAGAGCGGCUUCUUCUACGACAUGGACUUGGGCGGCCGGACUGUGCUGAGCAGCGACCUGACGGUGCUGGAAGAAGCCUGCCACGUGCUGGUGCAGGAGCAGCACCCCUUUGAGCGGCUGGAGGUGCCCUGCGACGCCCUGCGGGAGCUGUUCAAGGACAACAAGUUCAAGCUGCAAAUAAUUGAGACACAGGUGAAGAUGCCAACGAGCACAGUCUACAGGUGUGGGCCCCUCAUUGACCUGUGCCGUGGCCCCCACCUCCGGCACACAGGGCAGAUCCAGGCGCUGAAGGUCCUGAAGAGCUCGGCUGCCUUCUGGGGUGGGGACCCUGCUGGGGAGUCCUUGCAGCGGGUCUAUGGCAUCUCCUUCCCCACUGCUGCCCGCCUGGCCCACUGGGAGCAGCAGCAGGAGGAGGCUGCCAAGCGGGACCAUCGGCGCAUCGGCAGGGAGCAGGAGCUAUUCUUCUUUCAUGAGCUCAGUCCCGGCAGCUGCUUCUUCCUGCCCAGGGGCACCCACAUCUGCAACGCCCUGAUUGACUUCAUCAAGAGCGAGUACUGGCGGCGUGGCUUCACGGAGGUGGUGACCCCCAACGUGUACAAUGUGCAGCUGUGGGAGCGCUCGGGGCACUGGCAGCACUACAGCCAGCACAUGUUCUCCUUCCAGGCCAACGGCCAGACCUUGGCACUCAAGCCCAUGAAUUGCCCUGCGCACUGCCUGAUGUUCGCCCACCGGCCGCGGUCGUGGCGGGAGCUGCCGCUGCGCCUGGCUGACUUCGGGGCACUGCACCGGCAUGAGCCCUCAGGCACCCUCAGUGGCCUGACACGGCUGCAUCGCUUCCAGCAGGAUGAUGCCCACAUCUUCUGCACCUUGGACCAGCUGGCCAGUGAGAUCAGCGGCUGCCUGGACUUCGUGCACACGAUCUACUCGGCACUGGGCUUCACCGCCCGCUUCUACCUCUCCACACGCCCUGAGGGCUUCCUGGGUGAUGUCAAUGUGUGGGACCAGGCUGAGCAGCACCUGGAGCGGAGCCUCAAUGACUUCGGGCAGCCCUGGGAGCUGAAUCCAGGAGAUGGGGCCUUCUAUGGACCCAAGAUUGACAUCCAGAUCCAGGAUGCCCUGGGCCGCUACCACCAAUGUGCUACCAUCCAGCUGGACUUCCAGAUGCCUGCACGCUUUGACUUGGCCUAUGUCAGCCAAGAUGGCACCAUGCAGGAGCGGCCUGUGAUGAUCCACCGAGCGGUGCUGGGCUCCGUGGAGCGGAUGCUGGCCAUCCUAGCCGAGAGCUAUGGUGGGAAGUGGCCCCUGUGGCUGUCGCCCCUGCAGGUCAUGGUGAUCCCAGUGGGCCCCGACGUGGAGAGCUAUGCCUGUGAGGUCCACAGCACCCUCCGCCAGAUGGGAUUCAUGGCUGACCUAGACAUUGACCUUGGAACCACGCUGAGCCGCAAAGUGCGCCGGGCACAGCUGGCCCACUACAACUUCCAGCUGGUGGUCGGCAGGAAGGAGCUGUUGAGCCGCACGGUGAAUGUGCGGACGCGGAACGCCGCGCCACUGGGGGAGCGCAGCCUGCAAGAGGUGCUGGGGCGGCUGCAGGAGCUGCGGGACGCGCGGGUGCCCAAUGCUGAAGAGCUGUUCUGAGACACCACGACUUUCAGCCACCUUGGACCAUACUGGGGCUGUGAGCUCUGUGAUGCUCCAUCCCUGUGAUGCUGCCCGUCCGCCCCAGAGUUGCUGUGAGCAUGGUGGCGAGGUGAGCUUCAAGGAAGAGCCGGCAGGGUUCAUGCUAGGAACACGGGGCCCCCACCCCCAGUUCCAGGCACUGAUUCAGCCCUAGGGAGAUUAAACCACAUUCAAGUUUGGGCAA